AUGGAAGGUGAACCCGCCACUGCAAGGACAAUAUUGAUAGAGGAUCCAGAGAAUUGGGAGCUUGUUCCUGCAAAGGAUUUGGUUCCAGCUUACUACAUCCUUACAAUACCAGUUCAAACAAGUAAUAGAGAGUCCCGCAAAUAUGCAGUUAUUCGCCUAAUCAACGGUCUUGAAGCUACGAUCGUUAGCGAUAACCUCCUGGACAGGUCGGCUGGUUGCAUCGAUGUCGCGACAGGAAAGUUCAAUGAUCCAGAAGACAUGGCCGGCACGGCCCAUUACUGUGAGCAUCUGUUAUUCAUGGGUUCGAAGAAAUAUCCAGAGGAAAAUGAGUUUCAUGAGUACAUUGCCUUGAACAACGGCUACUUCAAUGCAGCGACGGGUAACUCGAACACCGAAUUUCACUUUGAAGUUGCUUCGGAUGCUCUCAAGGGCGCGCUCGAGCGCUUUUCCGCAUUCUUUUACUGUCCACGCUUUCAUAAAGACGCGGCCCUGCGCGAGAUCAAGUCGAUCGAUUCCGAGUAUUCAGGAAAGCUGCAAGAUGAUAUACGGAGACUACAGUAUAUGGAAUUUGCACUUGCCCAUUCCUCCCAUCCUUUAAGAAAAUUCGGCACGGGUAGCGAGGACACGCUAAUAGGGAAAAGAUCUUCUAGCAACAGUUCUACUCGAAGUGCAAAUUCCACGACAGGGACACUUUCAGGGACAGAAAAUAGUCACAUUAGUAGAGAAUUGACUAGAAUUCCGAGUAAAACGGACCCACAAGCUGUCAGAGAGGAAGCAAAGAAAGUAGCUGCCCUGAAGGCCCGAGAGAAACUGAAGAAGUGGUGGAAGAGGGAAUAUUGUGCAGAGAGGAUGAAGUUGGCAAUAGUCGGAAAAGAACCUCUUUACGAAAUUAUCGAUAUGGUUGUGAGACUCUUCUCGCCGAUAAAAAGUAGAGGACAAUACCCGGCCGUAGUCGCCUUCCCUCAGCAGCCGUACGGGAAGGAAGAACUUGGGAAAAUUGUGUAUGUUAAGACAAUCGAGAAGAUGUACGAAAUAAUUAUUACCUUCCCCAUCCCCUGGCAGAUACCUCAGUGGCGUGAAAAGCCAGUGUACUAUCUUGCUCAUCUACUUGGCCACGAAGGUCCUCAUUCGCUAUACGCCUACCUGAAAAACAAGGGAUGGCUUUUGAGACUAUUAUCUGGGCAUGCAAUAUACGGUCAUGGAAUUAGUCUGCUUAAGCUGACGCUUGAACUGACCAAAGAAGGAUUACAGAACUAUCGGGAAGUUAUCUUAACAUGUUUCAAGUUCAUCAACCUACUACGCAAAUCUCAGAUCCCGUCGUGGAUGCACCAAGAACGGUAUUGGAUCGAGUGGUUGUCGUUCCAACACGACCGGGAACCGCAAGCGCUUCCUCUGGUUAGGAACAUCGUCGACUCAAUGAAGUAUCCAACGAGGCGUGAUCUUCUCCUGAAUGGACCGUUAUUGCCUUGGGAGUGGAAACCCUGGGAGGAGAAUCCUGUUAAGGAUAUGUUAGAGAAUCUGGAUGUUGAGAACUGUUAUGUCAUUGUAGCGGCUCGUAAUCAUGACCAUACUCUGAAGGCAGAGACAUGGCACAAGGAGCGCUGGUUUGGAGCAGAGUAUGUACAGAAACGGUUCGACGCUAAGUUCAUUUCCAAAGCUCGCGAAGACAACGACAUCAGAGAUCUUGCUUUUCCAGGAACAAACCCAUUUAUUCUCAAGAAUAUUGUCAUCUACGGUGUAGGCGUUAAUGCACCAAAGAAACGGCCUGCACUCAUUUUGUGUGCGCCGAACAUGGAAGUGUGGUAUAGGCCGAAUGAUCAGUUUCGAUCACCACACGCCAUUGUGCAUAUUGCAGCACAGACACCAUUUGCUGGGGCUACUCCUCGAGCUAAAAUAUUGACCCAUCUAAUUAUGGACCUUGUAAAAGAUGCAGUUCAUGAAUACGCAUUCUAUGCACGAGUAGCUGGCCUGGGAUACAAUUUAUUUGGUACUUCGCGCGGGUUUGAAGUGUAUUUUAUGGGUUACAGCGAGAAAUUACGUGACCUCGUUCAGGCAGUUCUAAUCGGGCUGAAACGUCUGGACAUUCGGGAGGAUAGGUUGCAGGUUAUGAUUAAACGGGUAACACGACGAGCUUUCAAGAAUGAACGCCUUUCACGACCAUACGAAAUCUGCGAGUCUCGCUUGCAGUACCUUAUUCAAGACGAUUGCCUCACCACGGAGGAGAAGUUGGAUAACUUGAAAGGAAUUACGGCUGAGAAGCUCUCAGAGCAUGUAGAUUUACUGCUAUCCAGGCUGAACUUUGUACUUCUAACUAAUGGUAAUCUAAGGAAAGAGGCAAGUCGGAAGUCUCCUAAAACUUCGUUCGCGACUUCUUCCCAAAGGUACAUCGUAUCUUGCGCUUUUAAUCGUUUUCUAAUAUUAAUUCCAACAGGGUGCAAUUAUGUCUGGGAAUUACCUGUACUCAAUACUAAGGAGGCCAACUCAAGUGUACUGUAUUACUGUCAUGUUGGUAGUGAGUCCGACAGACGCACUCGUGUUAAAUGCCAUCUGCUCUCUCAGGUCUUGAAAGAGCCAGCAUUUGAUAUUCUUCGGACGAAACAACAGCUCGGAUACACGGUUUAUACAUGCACAAUGACAGACAUUGAUUCGAUUGGUUGGCAGCUAGUCAUAGCGUCUGAAUACGACACAAGUUACUUGGAGUCGCGUAUUGAUGCCUUCUUGAUACAUAUGCGAAAGGUAAUCCGGAGCAUGUCUGAAGAAAUGUUCGAAAAUCAUAAAAGAUCGCUUCAGAAACAGUGGACGGAAGAGCCUAAAGGCAUGCCAGAUGAGACACUGAGGUUCUGGUAUACUAUUCAAGGCGGAUACUAUGAAUUUGAUGGAGGCGAGAAGGAUGCAGAAGUACUUCCAAGCAUACCAUUACAGGAAGUUCGUGUGAUGUUUGAGACAUUUUUUGAUCCAUCAUCAGAAACACGUUCCAAGAUUUCUAUCCACGCAAGAUCUCAAUCAAUACCUAAAGUCCCUAAGCAUCCUACUCCUCCAAAUGUUAGUAAGAUGGCAUCUCAGAGAUUUCUCCGUGUAUUAAAUGACGAGCACAUCUCUGCGAGGGAAGACGAGUACAAGCAGCAGUGUGAUGUUGAACCAACAUUACCUGAAAUGCAUAAAUACUUGAAGAAGACUUGUUUUAGCAAGCUGCUCAGCAAAAAUGAUUGCAAAGUUAAGGAAAUGUUCCAACAACUGAACAAGCUUGUGGAGAAAUAUCCUGUAAGACCUGCCCUGAAGGUUAAACAUGUUAAAAAUGGUACAAAGUUCAAGCAUGGGCUUGAGCUUUCUAGAGUUGAAAUACUAGACAAGAAAUUUGAAGUAGAGUACUAA